GACCAGGGAUCGGUAUUACGUCACGUGUGGAUGUUGCCGGACAUGUGGUACUUCGCAUCAUCAUCGUGUCCAUCUAUCCAUCUUCGACAUCCAUCUUUUAAACACCAUAAUAUACUCACACAUUUUGAUAAGGUUUUAAAGAACGAUUAAGCGAUUAACAAUUAUACAAGUGGACCAUGGAGUAAGUCUAGCCUAGACUAUCGCUGAACGUGGUCCUGGCCUGGUUUGGUUCUCCUCCUCGUCCGGCCAUGCCCCGCCGUGUGAUGCUCCUCUCCAUGCUGCUCCUGCUGUCGCCGUCCUGGUUCUGCGACACGGGGUCGGCUCAGCUUGAUGGAGCUCAACCUUCCAAAAUAGCCGUUGUAGGUGCGGGGAUCGGUGGUACCGCGACAGCCCACUUCCUACGGCAGCAUUUCGGACCAGAGGUCCAGAUUGAUGUGUUCGAGAAGGAGGAGGUUGGGGGUCGACUUGCCACAGUCACUGUCAAUCACAAUGACUACGAAUCCGGAGGCUCCAUCAUUCACUCCCUCAAUCUCCACAUGCAGGACUUUGUGAAGCAGCUAGGUCUGAAGUACCGGCGCAGCGUGGCGGGCAAGACGGCGGUGUUCGACGGGGACGCGGUGGUGCUGGAGGAGACCGACUGGUACCUGCUGGACCUGUUCGGCCUCUGGUGGCGCUACGGGAUCAGCUUCCUCCGCCUGCAGAUGUGGGUGGAGGAGAUCAUGGAGAAGUUCAUGAGGAUCUACAAGUACCAGGCGCAUGGCUAUGCCUUCAGCUCAGUGGAGGAGCUGCUGGCCUCUCUGGGUGGAAGUGGCUUCAUCAACAUGACGCAGAGGCCGCUCUCUGAUUCGCUGGUGGAGCUGGGAGUGUCCCAGCGCUUCAUCGAUGAAAUCAUUGCACCCAUCAUGAGGGUCAACUACAACCAGAACGUCAGCAUCCCGGCGUUUGUAGGUGCCGUGUCGCUGGCCGGCGCCCAGACCAACCUGUGGGCGGUGGAGGGCGGUAACAAGCUGGUGUGCUCCGGCCUCCUGAAGCUGGCUAACGCUAACCUGCUGCAGGCCCAGGUCACCAGCAUCUCCCCGCUCCACACAGGAGAGACGGUGCAGUUCCAGCUGGGCUUCACCACCGACGGAGAGACCCACUCCGAGGCGGCAUACGACGUCGUCGUCUUGGCGACGCCGCUCCAAGAUGGCGCGGACUCGGGCGUCCGCUUCCACGGCUUCUCCCCGCCGCUGGCGCCGCUGCCCGGCGCCUACCAGCACACGGUGGCCACCGUGGUCCACGGCUACCUCAACACCUCCUUCUUCGGCUUCCCAGACCCCCGCCUGUUCCCCUUUGCCAGCGUGCUGACCAUGGACGCCCCCGAGCUAUUCUUCAACAGCGCCGCCAGCGUGUGUCCCGUCAACAUCUCCGCAGGCUUCCGCCGCAAGCAGCCCCAGGAGGCGGGCGUGUACAAGGUGUUCUCGCCGCGACCGCUCAGCAAGGCCCAGCUCAAGACCCUCUUCAGGUCCUAUUACUCAGUGCAGCUGACGGAGUGGCUGGCCUACCCCGAGUACAGCAGUGGCCAGGGCCUGCCCCCCGUGGAGCUGCACCCCAACCUCUACUACCUCAACGGCAUCGAGUGGGCCGGCAGCGCCAUGGAGAUGAGCUCGGUGGCGGCCAAGAACAUCGCGCUGCUGGCCUACCACCGCUGGAACAGGCAGGCGGACAUGGUGGAUCAGAAAGACCUGAUGCACAAGAUCAAGACGGAGUUGUGAUGGAGGCCCGCGGACGGCUGAGCCCUGGGGGACGUCUCCUGGGGUGCCCCGUCCAGGACUCACCGAGAGGGCGGUGGAGGUGAGAGAGAGAUAUGUUACGGAGUGUCUGACUGUGGGACUCUGUGCUUCGGAUGUGAGGCCAUUAAAGGUCCUCUGAGACCACUAAGGGAGGCUUCCUGUGGAGCUCAUCCAAUGUCUGGUCAGUUAUGCGGUGCUGCAUAACAAAGACCUCCAGAGUGUGGGUCAGAGCCCUGUAGCGUCCACUGCUUUGUUCAACUUCCUCAGCCUUUAUUAUUAGUAUUUAUGUGUUUGCAUUGAGAGGGCAGACCGAUUUUCCAGGGGACCGUAGGCCCCUCUGGAGCGGGGGUGGGACUGGGGGCCCCUCUUCAUUGAACAUCAGGCGUAACAGAGCAGUUGUCUAUGCAGCAGAACUGUCACCUAUUCUGCCGCUGAAUGUAGAUCUGUGUAGCUUAGUUUAACUUUGCCUAGCCUAGCUUUUUUUAUAUUGGUUGCUAUUAAUGCUUUCUUAUUUAUUAUUUGUAUUAUUAAAGUUUUUACUUGAUAAUUGCUUGUAUUUGUUUCAGUAUUAUAGGAUAUACGAAAUAGAAUGGCAUGUGUGUGAUCUGACUAGAUCAGUUCAUUACCUUCAAUUCCAUAAAAAAAUACGAAACAAUAUCUAAGUGAACUUCACUGGCAAAGCAUAGAUAUCUAGAAGUGAUGCAGUUAAGGUAUUUGCAUAUUAUUUGGUAAGCACCAGUGGUCUUCCUGUUGGCGAUGAAACCACAGAGGAAUACCUCAUUUACUCAAAUACAUAAGCACCAUGAUGACUGUGAAGAACCAUGUUUAAAGAAGACGAAUCAUCCCUCUAGUGGAAUACAUUAUGACACAAGCUUCAGCUUUUCGUUUAGCUCAGGCUUAGCUCAGGAGGUAGAGCAUUUGUCUUGUAACAGAAAGGUUGCUAGUUCGAUCCCCUGCUCCUCCUAGUUGAGUGUUGAUGUGUCCCUGAGCAAGCACUUAACCCUAACUGCUCCUGACGAGCUGGCUGUCGCCUUGCAUGGUUGACUGCCAUCGGUGUGUCAAUGUUUGUAUUAACCGAUGUAAGUUGCUUUGGAUAAAAGCGUCUGCUAAAUGCCCUAAUUGUGAUGGUAAUUGUACAAUAAUUUACAACCACUGACAAUCGAGACAUUUUUUAUUUAUUUGUAUCCUUGCUUUUUAAAAAUAAUCUCAUUCCUUUAUGCUAUUAAUUAAUAUUGCAAUAUCUGAGCUAGCUACUGGUUCUAUGUAAAUCACUACUUGCUACCACUCUAUGAACCCCAACCUUAGCUGAUUUAUUUAUCUGGCAACAAGGAAAUGUGUGUCAUUUCCUAUUGUGUUUCAUAGCAGUGUGACUCAGCACUAUUUAAAGGCUGAAGUGGGUCCGUUAUCCAUCAUUAGAGACUAAUUCGGAACAACAGUGUCAACACCCUGUUGCUUACAGUGUUUCAUAUCUCUAAUGUACUCCGAUUCGAGGCCACAUGUUGGCUACCACACAGCAGCUACUGUUAAAGCUGCAUCUUGCUGAAGUGACCACUGGUCUGUCAGCUGAGGAACGGACUGCCGCCCGCUCAGACACCGCUGUUGUUGCUGCUCUUGUCUGGUUCAAGUCAUGUUGUUCAAACAGCAACUCAUCUUGAAACCCUGUUAGCAUCUUGAUCAAUAUCUUGAAAAGGGAAGACCUGGGGAGCUACUCAACUCUGGGCAUGUGAAGAGACAUUCAGCUUUGCUUUAUUUUGCUGUGGGAAAAACUCUUUUGUACAUGUUGUGUGGCUGUAGGAAGAAUUGGUUUUACAAUAUGAUGUGUCAUUAAGAGAAAGGUAUUAGCCAACAGAAUAAUGUGUCCAACAUAAAUAUAUCACACAGGCUUUGUACCUGUGAGGCAUGGGUCUCAAAGCCAAAACCCCAAACAAGUGGACAAAAACAUGCAAUGUAAAUCACUGAUAACAUCUCGGUUUGUGAAACUAUUUUAAAGAUGGAUAAAAAUAGGUUCUCAAUUAUAUCACCACUUCUCUAUAUGACGCAACCCAGUUCAAUCCAUGUAGCAAAUCACAGCGUUAUGGUUCAUUUGUAAAACAACAUUGGAUUAUGGAGGCUGUCACAUUAUUUAAUAAAGCUAAUAUAAACAUGAA